GGCUGAAAUAUGACGUUUCUAUUUAAUCAUGGUAUCACUAGGGAGGGGAUGGGAAGAAAGUGCUAAGCUACCCGAAACAUAAACCAAGUCGGCAUUUGCGCUGCACGGGAGCAAGUGAGCACGCCGUCCUCUGCGCACACUCACCCACCAGAGGCGGCCAGCCCAGCCGGGACCAUGAGCGAGCGUGGCCCUCGCACGGAGGCCUCCAUGUUUUUGGAGGUGGACCGCCUCGAGCGCGAUAACAACGAUGAAGACAAGAUGGCACACUACGACGACGACAAAGACGACGACGACCUGAUGUCGGCACCCUCGGGCUCACGCGUCUACGACCGCACUACGGUGCUCAUCGAGCAGGACCCCAUCCGGCUGGACGAGGAGGGAGAGGAGGACCAUGGACACUGCGUGGGGGAUGACGACGGGGGCACUUUCCUAGUCGACGGGGACCUGGACGAGGAGGAGGAGGGCUCUAUGACCUUCAUGGGUGACCAGGAUGGCAUGUCGCAGGGAUACGUGCAUCACACCAUCUCGCCCGACCAGAUCCAGUUCAUCAUCAACCCGGGGUCCAUGGCCAUGCCACGCAACAUCGAGGGGGCCACCCUCACUCUGCACUCCGAGUGUCCAGAAACCAAGCAACGGGAGGUGAAGAGGUACCAGUGCAUGUUUGAGGGAUGCACACGGACCUACAGCACGGCAGGCAACCUGCGCACGCACCAGAAGACCCACCGGGGCGAGUACACAUUUGUGUGCAACCAGUUGGGCUGCGGCAAGGCCUUCCUCACUUCCUACAGCCUGAAGAUCCACGUGCGCGUUCACACCAAGGAGAAGCCCUUUGAGUGUGACGUGCAGGGCUGCGAGAAGGCCUUCAACACCCUGUACAGACUGAAAGCACACCAGAGACUGCACACGGGGAAGACGUUCAACUGUGAAUCGGAGGGAUGCACAAAGUACUUUACCACACUCAGUGACCUGAGGAAGCACAUUCGCACUCAUACUGGGGAGAAACCAUUCCGGUGUGACCAUGAUGGUUGUGGCAAGGCGUUUGCUGCCAGCCAUCACCUAAAGACGCAUGUACGGACACACACAGGGGAGAAGCCUUUCAACUGUCCCAGCGACGGCUGUGAGAAAGCAUUCAGCAGCCAGUACAGUUUGAAGAGUCACGUCAGGGGCCAUGGGGCUAAGGGCCAGCCCUUCAGUGUCACCCUCACCCACCCCUUGUCCGAGGAUGCAAAUCAUUCACUGUGCCUCAGUGACUUGAGCCUCAUCUCGACUGACUCGGAGCUCAGAGAAAACAUCCACAAUUCUCAGAACUUGGACUUGAGCAGUGUUACCCCCGUGAGGAUCUUCGAGCUCAUGUUCCAGAGUCCGGAGAACAGUGUUAGUCAAGACGAUGCACAUCCUCACGAGAGCCUUGUUGAAGCCUUUGGCCAGGAGACUGGCCAGUCCACCAUGGGCGAUGGCUCCACCCCCAUCUCCUUCUCGUUCUCCCUCGUUCCUUCCUCCUCAUCCUCCUGUUCCCACUCUCACCCUCACUCCCACACCACCACCACCACUGUCCUGGAGGCUUCCUCCCAGCUUCCUCUAAGCCAAACCCCCUCUUCCCAGGUUCAAGCACCUCCUGCCACCAUUAGUAAUAUUACCGCAGUCAGCUCCACCCAGCCCCAUGCCACCUUCGUACCCUUACCCACUGCCCUGCAGACGCCAGAUGUGCCUGCCCACUACGUGGCACUGCCCGCCCAGACUGCUCCAAUAGUGCCCUCUACUGCGCCAGUAGUGGUGCCAGGCCCAGCCCUCGCGGCUCUGGGCGCUGUAGUCGCCACCACAGAGACUGUGCCGCUGCCGGCCGUGGCUCACACUCACACCGUGCCUUUGGCCAGCAACACCAACCCUGCCCUGGUGCCCCCAGCCUCUGCCCCCACUUUCACCCCAAGCCACAGCCACACCCAGAGCCUGUUGCAGCCCAGCAUUGUCAUGUCCGACCAGAACCUGCAGUGGAUCCUUAACACUGCAGCCAACAACCAGCAGAACCCAGAGCAAGCUCCACACGGAGGUCCAAAAGUAGAGAAGGUCUUCUUUACCACAGCCAUACCAGUGGGAGGAAAUUCAGGCAACUCUGUCCAGCAGAUCGGCCUCAGCCUUCCCGUCAUCAUCAUCAAACAGGAGGAGUCCUGCCAGUGCCAGUGUGCCUGCAGGGACUCUUCUAAAGACAAGAGCUCCAACGCCUCGUCAGCACCACAACAACAGCCCGCAGUGCCCACCACUCCUCCACCUCCCCCCACUCCCGUGGCACUGCCCUUUCCCACCGUACUCCCCCCAGCACCCUCUUUCCCCUUGUGCUGCCUCCCACCGCUCACCUCGGAAGUGAACGAGUCCCCGCCUCUUCCCCAAACAGGUGCAGUAGGACCGGGUAGCCCCUCGACCUCUGUUCAGACGUUCUCCACAGGAGUGGCCACGGUGACCACCAACCCCCCUCCUAUCACGGAUGGUUUGGCCACCAUGGACGUGUCGGACUUCCUGUCCCUGCAGAGCCCCGAGAGCACGACCAACAUUGAGGCUCUGCUACUGGUGACCAGCAGUGACGACUUCACUAUGGCUGGCGCUAGCACCACUAUCAACCCCUAGUGGACACUCAGGCUUUGUCCCUAUUCUCCACCCUUCUCUUGCAUACUCCCAGUCAUGGAUUUAAAAGCAUUGAGUUGGUGUAAGUGUUGGGCAGAGGGAGUUUCUACCAUUGUUAAAUUAAAGGGAGUGUGCAAAUGCACACUUUAGGAGAAGGAUGUAGAAUCAGGACGCAGCCGCACUUUCUGAUUUACCCACUACACGUCUGCUUUUCAAGUAUUGUAAGUGAAACUUAAUGAUGGGGCUUGUUUUGGAAAAGCUGCAAAAUGCAUGCCAUUCAAGAAAAGUGUUCUUAAUUGGCUGGCUCUCCAUCAAAGAAGACACGGUCUUGAAAGGCCCUAAGAACUAUUGUUUGCUUCUAAUAUGGCGUGAAGCUGAUUCCUGAGAGAAGCCAAACAAAACAUUGUUGUCUAUAUCCAUGUACUGUACAUUAGUUCCUAACUGUAACUAAUACGAUUAGUUGGUAAGUGAUUGACCAGAAUGCACUGCAUGAAGUGAAUUGGAAUUUCAUCAACUAUAUUUCCUACAAGGAAUUUGUGGCAGUUUUGCCAUUCCCUUAAAAGCAAUGUAUUGCUAAUGCCAUAAUGUGAAGAGUAAUUUCCAGUGUUUUACAUAAAUUAGCUAGUGUAGUCCAGAUUUUUGUUUUGUCUUACGUCUCGCUUUGUUUGUUAGUUUUUGUCUUUCUUUACAGGUAUAUUUACCAAUUGAAAAAGAAAUUGGCUGUGACACAAUUUGCUUGACUUUUAAAUAUAAUUUAGAAGUCAAUACAUCAGUAAUAAGCCGAACUUAAUAUUAAUAUUUUGUUAAAAAAAUAUAUUAUUAUUAUUAUUGGAGAAAAAAAAAAUCAAUUUCUGACCUUGGACUGUCAUCAAGUCUCAGCUUAUUGAUCAUCAUUGUUAAUUUAUUCCACUUUUCACCUAAGUGUUUUUUUUUGUCCCCCUUCUGUUGUUACUGAGUUUUGUUUUAUGGAGCCCCCCUCAAUCUUAAGUUUCCAGAAAGCCAUUUCAACACUGCACCUUGUUGCAAUUAAUUGUACAUCGAGGUUGUCAAAAAAGAGGUCCUCAGUGGUAUUUUUGGUCUGUACAACCUCUUCACAUUGAAAUCAUGAAUCAAUAAUAAUAUAUGCCAUUUAGCAGACGCUUUUAUCCAAAGCGACUUACAGUCAUGUGUGCAUACAUUAAUCAAGGAUGAAAAAAUUGCUCACAACCGUGUUUCUCAAUUCUCCCACUCAGGGAUGCAUCGUGGCAUAUCUAAUUUAUACAAUUUGAGAUUUUCCUUUAUUUAAUAAGAGAUUGUCCAUUUUGGACAUUUUAGCAGUCAACUGCCCUGUUGCCCAUCGAUUGUAGUAGCCCCCUUUUUCGGCUGCACUCCCCUCUUUGUGCACUGUCUAAUAUGACCAGUUAUCUGAGUUAUUACUAUGACACUUUUUGAAUACCACUGCGGUCAGAAGUGGUUUGUUUCUGAAGGGUGUUGAUGGUGUAAAUACGGUACAUUUAAAUGUGAACACUUAUUCCUUCAGAUUGUUUUAGAAUGUAUUUGUUUUGUAUAUCAUUUUGAAUAUGUAGACUUGAACCUUGGAGACCCCCUGCGCUGCCCUUUGUCUUUGCAUUCUGCGCCCAUGCAGAUGCUCACACAUCUUAUGCAGAAGAGUUUAAAAUUAAGCCUUAUAAUGGUUAGUUUUAGGGCCAUUGGCUUCUGUGCAGUCAACAUAGUAUUUAUUUUCAAAUGCAAGCAUAAGUAACUUUCUUGGAGUAUAUGACAAUAUUAUUUCACAUGGGACAUAAUGCAAUGAUUACAAAAUUGGAGAGAAGGCAUUAUGCCCUAAUAUCAUGUGUAGAGCAACCUAGCCUUACUACAGGAUCUCACUUGCUGUGGCUUACUGAGCUGGCUCCUUGCCUAGUCAGUCUUUUCCUAUGGCUUGAUUUGGACACGCUGCCUGACUACUUCCUCCUGUUAAUCUAGUCUUGUUCAAUGCCUUUUUAGCAGCUGCCUACAAGUGGACAAAAGUACAUUAAAAAGAAAUACAUCACUUUUUGUUUGAAGAUUUAACAGAUAGUGCCAACAAAUCAAAUGAUCCCCCAAUUAUUAUUUUUCUAUUGUAAUUUGUUUUAUGUGAAGAUGUUACUGCAAAGAUAUACUGUAGAUGGAAAUUGUUUCUCUUGAUUUUUUUGUUUGUUGUAGUAUUCUAUUGUAGACAAAUAAUACUUCAUUUUACAGAUCACUACAUCAAUGUUGUAGUCGGAAAUUGUAAUUACAUCAACAUUUUGAAUUGGUACUUCACAGGCAUUGAUUGACAACAGCUAUCAUGUUCUAUUAUUUAGCAUGGAAAGAGGGACUGAGAUCCAACCUAGGUGUCAUCAUGUAUCAUAGGAUAACAGAGUAUGCAGGAAAUCUGUCUGGCAGACCUGAAUAGGGGAAAUGUUUAAACUAACAUGGGCUAUUCCCUUUUCUGUUUUGAGAUUUAACCAAUACCAAAACUUGAUAACCUGCAAUAUUAAUUAAUGUAGUUGGCACUUAAAAUUGAAUAUAAAAUGUGAAUUAUCAAAUGUGAAUUUUUCUUGUGACAAUUUGAACAAUUUUACUGAGUUACAGUUCAGAAAAUUGAAAUAAAUUCAUUAGGCCCUAAUCUAUGGAUUUCACAUGACUGGGCAGGGGCACAGCCAUGAGUGUGCCUGGGAGGGUGUAGGCCCACCUACUGGGGAGCCAGGCAAUCAGAAUGAGUUUUUCCCCAACAAAAAGGGCUUUAUUACAGAAAUAAUCAUCAGUUUCAUCAGCUGUCUGGGUGGCUGGUCUCUGACAAUCCCGCAUGUGAAGAAGUUGGAUGUGGAGGUCCUGGGCUGGCGUGGUAACACGUGGUUUAGACGUACUGCCAAAUUCUCUAAAACGACAUUGAUGUCCACCAUUGCAACAGCUCUGGUGGACACUUCUGCAGUCAGCAUGUCAA